AUGUCUAAUGCUAAUAUAACCGAUAUUGGAACCAAAGAAGUAAACGCUGACGAAACUCCAUUGAAACCUACAUUAAAUGUCAGAGUUCCUGGACUCAUUAAAACACUAUUUAAUAUAAUACCUUGCGUUCUUUAUGAAGUUACUGGAUUAUAUGAAAAAUCCGAAGGUUUAGACAACGAUGGAAGUCCUUUGGAUGGUUUAAAUGAUGAUAGUAUUAUUAUUAAAACCAGUUUAAGAA